GAUUAAAAAUAAAGCUACAGAAGAAUAAACUAGAAAGAGGCGUGGUUGCAACCGAUGAGGAAGAUAUAAAUUAUAUGAAUCGAAAAUUAUUUGAGGAAUAUGCCAUGUGAUGGGAAUGAAUAUCCAUCAGAGAACAUGAUGGAAGCUUAUCUGACUCCUGAACAACAAAGAAUUUUAAUAGAGAUUAGAAGAAGAAAAACAGAAUUGCUUCUUGAAAUCCAGCAACUCAAAGAUGACCUCUGUGAAGUUGUGUCUGAAAUGGAGUCCCUCGACUCAGGCGAGGAGGGCAAAAAUAGCAACAAGACCAAAAUGAUGUCUAUAGGCCGAAAAAAGUUUAACAUGGAUCCAAAGAAGGGUAUUGAAUAUUUGAUAGAAAAAGGUCUGUUACAGAAUACAGCGGAAAGCGUUGCCCAGUUUCUACAUAAGGGCGAAGGGCUGAAUAAGACUGCUAUUGGUGAUUAUUUAGGAGAAAAAAACGAUUUUAACGAGCAAGUUUUACAAGCAUUUGUUGAAUUACACGAUUUUACCGAUUUAAUUUUGGUGCAGGCUUUAAGACAAUUUUUGUGGAGUUUUCGUCUACCAGGUGAAGCUCAAAAGAUUGACCGGAUGAUGGAAUGUUUCGCUAAACGUUACUGUGAAUGCCAAGGAGAAAAUAACAUUUUCGAGAACUCAGAUACCUGUUACGUCCUUUCAUUCGCCAUUAUAAUGCUCAAUACGAGUUUGCACAAUCCUAGCGUUAAGGAAAAACCCAGUAUAGAACAAUUUAUUAAUAUGAAUAGGGGCAUUAAUCAAGGGCAAGACUUGCCCAGAGAAUUGUUAGUGAGUCUUUAUGACAGCAUCAAGGCAGAACCUUUCAAGAUUCCAGAGGAUGACGGUAACGACUUAAUGCAUACCUUCUUCAAUCCCGACAAAGAAGGCUGGCUAUGGAAACAGGGUGGCCGUUAUAAGAGCUGGAAACGUCGUUGGUUUAUAUUAAACGACAACUGUCUGUAUUAUUUCGAAUACACCACUGACAAAGAACCGCGCGGCAUUAUUCCCUUAGAAAACAUUUCGAUACGUGAGUGUUACGAUAGACAAAAACAGUUUUGUUUCGAAUUGUACGCCAGUGGGGGAGCAGAGUUUAUCAAAGCGUGUAAGACGGACUCCGAGGGUAAAGUUGUAGAGGGAAAACACACUGUAUAUAGAAUGUCAGCUAGUAGUGAAGAGGAACGAAGAGAGUGGAUGCACAGAUUAACUCAAAGCAUUAGUCACAACCCGUUUUACGAUAUGCUGGCUCAUCGGAAACGGAAAGCUCAACUUUAUUCUAAGAAUUGAGUUACCGCAUGGUCCAUUUUUUCUAUUACUUGUAAAGCCAUACCUGUGUGUGAAAUUACUUUAUUGACAGCUGUCAUUUAUAAGCUGCUAGGUGUCACAUAUGUUAUCUUUAAUCUGUACAAAAAUAUGUCGGGUUUUAAUUUGUUAUUUUUUAUUUAUUUAUUUAUGUAAAUGCAAACCAUUGCAUUUAUGAGUUUACAACAAUUAUAUUUUUGUGAUUUGAAUUACUUAUUAGUCAUUGUUAUUCAGGAAAAAUAUUUUUAGUGAUAAGCCAAAACGCUAUUUUUCAGAUAGCAUCACUAUAUUAUUUAUACGAUCGCUAUUUUAAAAUAACUGGUAUUUUACUUGCCAUUGCGAUCGCAUUUUGAUGUGCAAUUAUACGAUGCAACAUUUGCAGUAAAUAAAAGUAGCUUUUUAAGAACAAGUUAAAUUAUUUAUACAUUUUUAAUACUUAUACACAAUAUAUUGUUUAUCCCCAAAAAAUUUAAAAGCUUUUAAAUAGACUACUUCAGUAUCUUUAAGAAUAUACUUAUAGACAACCAUCAUUUUCAUUUAGUUUUGAUAGAGUGCGAUCGAAUGGCAAUUGCAGCGAUGUUGUUUAUCGCUGAACCUAAACAUUGCUCCUUUCAUCAAAAUAUAUAUUUCUAUUUAAUUGUACAUACAAAUUGUUUAUUAAUUAAAAGUACAGUUGAAAGUGUCCUAAAAUAUACCAUACAUAUAUUAUACAUUUUGAUUUCAGUUAAUUUAUACAAUUAUUUGACAAAAAAAGACGAAAACAAUUUUAUAUUUUUGGUUUACUUAUUUUUAGUUUAAAAUUUAAACUUUAACUCUAUAUUUUAAAACAUGGUAUUAUUUUGAAUUUUUGCUUAAUACUGUAUAGAUUUGGUUCAAAACUUCAUGAACCUUCAAAAUACGCAUGCCAAAAAAAAUUAAUCCUAAAAACAUUGGCCAGUUUAAUUUCAUACUGAGUUGCACGACAGGGUCGGAUCUGCACUAGGGUAAAGUAAGAUCACAUCAACUGAAAAAUUUUAUGUUCGAAGUCUGCAUUAGAUAGGAUGCAGGCGGAUUCAGUAGGAGCUCUUAUAAGGCUAGAAUUUUGUUGUUAUGUUAUCAAUUAAAGAUCAUAGAUUAUAUGGGGCACGGUUCACUAGCGAAAUUAAGAAUACAUUGAUUAAUUAAGUUAAAAAUACGUUUAUUUCGGUAACCUUGUUGUUUUUUUGCCAUCACCCAUGUCUCACAAGGAUAACAUACCAUUGCUCUAAUAAUGGUUUUAUAGACCUUACUCUUCGAUUUCUGAUGUAUGAUUUUGGAGUAGAAUAUGUCAGUUCCAUGGACGUCUUUAUUUAUACGUCCAUGGUCAGUUCUCAAUAGCUUUGUUGAUGUUUUUACUGAAAAUUGUUGAUUUUACUAGUUAAAAUGUAUAGCUAAAGAUAGUGCAAACACUCUUGACCAUGGAGCUGCUCGAAGGCGAAGUCAAAAUUCACGUAAAGACAGAAAGGUACUAUUGUAAGUGGAAUUAUACAGUGCACAGUACAAUGCGUUUCGCAUGGGACUAAACCAAAUUUCGUCUACUGCGCCAUAGUCUGGAUUUCGCUGCAAUAUCUCAACUGCCUAAUAUUGUUCUAAAGUUGUGACAUUGUGUAUUAUUGUUAUAGAAUUAUUAUUUUUUUAAUAUAUUGGCUCGUUUUCUUUUAAUUGGACCACCAGUUAUUCAAUUCAAAAACAUCAUCGUAUCUAAUUUGUUACAGUAAUGAAUUUAUUUAUUUUUCAUUAAAUUCAGAUUCAAUUGUGUGCCAGAUAAACAUGAACAUACAUCCUUAUUUGUCUCAAAAUCCUGAUCAUAGGGUAAAAAUGGGGGCUCGCCCAUUUGGAAAUAAUUUGAACAUAUUUUUUAAAACGUUUUAUACUUGUCUAGUUCAAUAAAAAAUUACCGUUUUUCAGUCUAGCUAUUUGUGGAGAAAUUUUGUUUAAAAUCUAAUGUAAAAAUACAUUAAAAGAUCCACAUAAAACGAUUUGUAGAAACAAUUACUAAAUCUAACAAUAAAACACUGAAAAAUUUUGUUUUUACCACUUUAACAAAAUUUAUUAUUACUACACCUGUUUCGGCACAAUACCUUUCUCAAUUAUCUAUUUUUGGUAUGCGUUUACACUUAAUAGUCUUUAACUGAAAAGUUGAGGAGGGAAGUUUGUAUUCACUGUGUGUCUCAAGUUGAUCAUAGAGAAAUAUAUGUGUAUUUUCUAUUUUGUUAAUUAAUUUCCUUAGAUUUUAAUAAAUAUAGCUUAAGGCCUUUAUUUUGAAUGUAAAGAAUUUGAAAUUGGUCAUUAAAAGAAUGAUUAUGUUCUAGAAGGUGAAGUGCGUACGUAAGAUUUGUUUUUCUAUUAUUGGAAACCCUUUUGUGUUCUGCUAUACAUUUGUUAAACGUUCUACCAGUUUGACUGAUGUAAGUUUUUGUUUUUUUCUGAAAGCUGGUGCUAUAGUAUGCUAAUAAAUAGGUUUAUAUGAUUUAAUGUCUUCUGUAUGUUUACCGGACUUGGGAAUUGUAAUAAUUUGUGCCACUUUCCUUGGAAUGGGGUAAUAAGAUUAGGAUUAUUUCCCAUUCUUAGAAUUGUAUUGAAUAUCUGUGUCAAGUACAGAAUUCCUUAUUUUGGGGAGUUAUUUGAGAAUUUUGGCGGUGAUCAGGUCAUAUCCAGUAGACUUUUUAGAGUUCAAGUCUGAUGGUAUCUUUUGGUAAACUUGUUUGGUAGUAAAUUUUUUAAAAAAGGCUAGAUCAAGUUGAUAUCCAAUAGCCUGGAAACAAUUAUAAUUAUAUUAAAAUAGUUUAUUAGAAAUAUGUGUUAUCGCCGAAUUAUAAUAUUGUGAAUUAUUUAAUAAAUUUGGCGAACAUUAUCAGUGCUUUAUUUAUAAAAUUUACUUUGUGUGUAGAUCUACUCCAUAAAAUUUGUGUUUAUUUUGUGUAAAUGUUAUAGUUUUUUAUGUCAGUUAUAACGAAUAUGUGUCUCCAUCGAUUGCAGAUAUCUGUCAAAUAUUCGUAGAAAUAGUUAAGCAAUUUCAGCUGAACUAUUAUUUAAAGUAUUUAUUGUAACAAAUAGUAUAUUGGUUGAAACUGAAAAUAACCUAAAUAGUGUAAUUCAUUAAAAUAUGUUUUUAUAUGAGUAGAAUUUUUUUAUUUUAGUGUAUAUUUUUGGAACGUUCAACUGUAUACCACUUAUAUGUGUGUUGUAUAACUUUAAUUUUACAUGACACAUGCUUUAAUGGUAAUGUCAGCUGUCAAAAGUGAACGGCAACUUUUUGAUCCCAAGCAACUACAUCUUUCGAUUUUUAAGCAACAUCUCCGUUGCAUAACUAUGACGCUCUCUUACAAUGUAAAGAUAAGUACAAUUAUAUUAAAAACUUAUAUUACCAGAAGUGUGACAUAGCUGUAACUUCUCUUUCGUGCAGCUUAUGUUUGUCUUUUUCUCAUAUACCUAAGAUGUUAUAUAUUACAAUUUAAUAUGAUAAAAAUUUUAUUUUUAUCGGAUUUCAUGUAAUUUUAGUUAUCUCUUGUGGGUGGACGAGUGGUUUGUUAAAGAGUGGAAUUAGCGGGAUUUAGGAUUUUUCAAUUGUAAAUAUAGAGGAACGAUUUUUACUAUGUCUUUUCUAAAUUUGAAGGUAGAUCAUCAUAUUUAAAUUGCUAUAUUCCUCUAUCUCUCUUCUAAAGAGAAGAGAGAAAUUGUCAAUAGCUUUCAGUCAAUACAGAAUUAAAAUUCCAAAACAUGAAUACACGAAAGACAUGUACAUUUUGCAACACUGACUAGGUUCACAUCGUGGUUCAGAAAUCUCCCCCAGUCUUACAAUUUGCUAAACGAUCAUAAAAUUUUCGUUUAAUACUUUCUAACAUGACUGACGUGUCAUCUAUUACAAAACUUAGAUAAUCUACGGUCUGAAUUCUUCAGAGUUGCAUUAAGUUCCUUUAAUGAAAAAUAAAUCAGCAUUUUUUCCGUUUUCUAAUGAGGUAACGCAGAAUAUUGCCGAUAUAACAUGUUCUCUGUAUAUUUUAUUUGAAAACAUAUCAUUCAGUCUAAUGUUAAAUAAUUUUUUCAGUUCUUCGACUUCCUUGCCUAUAUUACUAUCUUAUUGAAUCAUAAUUAUAUUAAAUCAGUCGUCAAUUCACCUGUUUUAUUUAUUAUUAAUUAAUAUUAUGUUUUGUGAGGUUAAAAACUUGUAAAAUACGUGAUUUAAUUGUUGAAUAAUUUCUCAUUUUACUAAAAUAGUAAAAAUAUUUCUUAAGUGAAAGUAUAAACCUAUUCAAAUAUAACAGUGAGAAGAUCUGACUGAUAUUAUAUAAAUAGAUCGUUCUAAACCCAAACUUUAGCAAAUAUGUGACUCGUCCACCAUUUUGUAAAUAGACUAUUCCCUCCUAUAAUAUCUUAUAACUAUAUUAUUAAAAAAAGUUGCUUGUGAUCGGUUUGUGUAGAUAUUAAAGAUGUUACCAUCGAAAUACAUGGUUUCGAAGAAAGGUCGAUAAUUAGAUAAACAUGUAAAUAAUGUUAAUUACGAGAUGCAACGAAUAUUGUUAUGUUGUUUGGGACUUGUAUACAAUAUUAAGCAUUUCUCGUUAUUGAGAAAGUGUAUAUUUAAAGUAUUCUAAAUGUAGAAAAGAACCCGUUUUGUAUAAUGGAAAAUAUUAAAGGUGUAUAUGUUUUUGAAAAUCAUUUAUAUAAUAAAUUUUUUGAUCAAAA